AUGAAAAAUCCAAGUGGGGUUAAAUUAGGUGAUCUAGCUGGCCACUUCGUCCUACCUGCCUUCCAGGAAAAGUUUCACCCAACAAUUCCGUACUCACAGAUGGACUCUGCAGGUAAAUUUUUAGGCGGCCUAGAGGUCUUGCGAGUAAAGACGUUAGGUGCUGGGGGCUUCGGACGUGUCGACUUGGUGCAAAUUCUAGGCGAUUCCAGCCGCUCCUUCGCUCUAAAGACAAUGAAAAAGUCGCACAUUGUCGCAACCAAGCAACAAAAACACGUUAGAGACGAAAGGAGAAUUUUACAGGAACUGAAUUCCGACUUUAUAGUUAAAUUUUACCGGACGUUCAGGGACAAAGAACAUGUAUACAUGCUAAUGGAGUGUUGCCUCGGGGGUGACUUGUGGACAAUUUUAGACAAACAACGUUACUUUGACAAUGAUACCACGAAAUUUUACACCGCGUGUGUAGCACAGGCUUUGGAGUAUAUACACUCGAAAAAUAUCGUCCAUAGGGAUAUAAAGCCGGAAAAUCUUAUUUUGGAUGACCAAGGAUACUUAAAGCUGGUGGAUUUUGGACUUGCCAAGAAGCUAGGCUGUGACGGCAGAACCACAACUUUCUGUGGCACGGUAGACUAUAUGGCGCCCGAAAUCAUCCUGAAAGAAGGCCACGACCUCAGGAUUGAUUUCUGGAGCCUAGGGGUACUGGUCUUCGAGUGUCUCAGUGGAGAUCUACCCUUUACCGGGAAAAACAAAUACGAGACUUACACGAACAUACUAAAAGGCAUCGAUACCGUCGUUUUCCCGGAAAACUUGACAGAAAAUGCCACAAGCCUGAUUAAAAGUUUGUGCAAAGAAGACCCCUCCAAACGCCUUGGAGGCUUGAAUGAUAUUAAACAACAUGAAUAUUUUAGCGAGUUUGAUUGGGAGGCGCUGGUGGCUAGAACUCUCGCCCCACCAGUUUUGCCCCAGGUCAAAAACGCCACCGAUAGCAGCAACUUCGUCUCUUCGGACGAUGACGAAUCGCAGACGGAGGACUGGUACGACAUUACAGACUGGGACGUUGAUUUCUAG